AUGACUCGGGCGAAAUGCAAGGAUGGCAUCAAGAAUAUCUUGAAGUUGAGUUCUUGCGGCAUCGUUCCACCCGCGUUGUAUGUAUCUGGUGCGGCUGGUUGUGGCAAGACGCACAUGCUGAAGCAGAUCAUUGCGGAAAGACGGAUGGAGGAGCCAGUCGAUGUGGUUUUUAUUAAAUCGAAUGAAAUCUAUUCUUCGCGGCUCUUUUACGAAGCCAUUGUUAAUGGUGUUCAUGAGGCGACCGGAAGUGACACAAAACUACCGGUCAUUGGCGACAAUCCAAGCUCAAUGUUCUACGUUGUUGGAGAACUGUUGGCGGCACAUGAGCGUCCAGUUUUCGUCGUGAUCGAGCGGGCAGACUUGUUCAUCAAGAAUCUGCCAGAAGCAGCGACAUCCCUCGCUCAACAUGAAAAGUUUAUACCAGACAAUCGCUUGUGCGUCAUUUUCGAGUCUCGAGUUGCCUUUCACUCCGUCAUCUAUCCAAAAUCGGCAGUGUCGCCAGUGAUCUUUCCCCUCCCGGAGUACAGCUCUCAAGAAGUUGAAGCUAUUCUGCGCAAAGAGAAGCCCGCUGACAUGUCCGACGUGCUCUUUCACAAUUUCAUUCAAGCGAUUAUGGGUUAUUUCUACUUAUCGACGCACGAUUUGCGUUUGCUCAAGUACGUGGUGCAAGAGCAGCUGCCAGUGUAUGCAAAGCCCGUGCUAGAUGGAGAUGUAAGCGAGAACUCGGCGAUCUUGCUGUGGCGGAAAAUUGAGCCGACAUUCAGAGCGGCAAGAGCAAGUUUGUUCUUGAAGUCGAGUCAAGAGGAAGACAAUCAUGUAAUUGACUUGCCUUACUUCUCCAAACACUUGUUGAUCGCUUCCUACCUUGCUUCAUUCAAUCCUCCGAAAACGGACAAAAGAUACUUCCUCAAGAACGCUGGCAAGAUUAAAAAGAAACGAACUUUUCGAGGGCCUGAAGUGAAACAGCGACUGAUCGGGCCUCUCCAGUUUUCUAUGGACCGGCUUAUUGCCAUUUUUGAAUCGAUUACAGAAUCUGAGGACCGCAGUAUUUCGAUUUUAUCACAACUCAGAACUCUCGUUAAGCUCAAGCUUAUCACAAUUGCUUCGAGCGACACACAAGUUCUUCAACCAAAGAUGAAAUGCAAUUGCUCCGAAGACUUCAUGCGCAAAAUUGCCCACUCUGUCCGCUUCGAGUUGGACUCGUAUCUUUUCGACAAUGUCUAG